AAAAACGCACGAGUAAGGGAGGGGAUUACGACACAGACACUAGCGGGGUCUUUGGAGACAGAAGCUGUUGCCCUUUGGGGGAGAAACAUGACAGUAGUGCCCAGGGAGAACCACGAUGAGACUGUGGCACUAACAGCCCUGUCCCAAGAUGUGUUGGACCCGGUGGAUCAGCGGACGGACCAGGAGUGCUGUGAGCGCGUGGUCAUUAACAUCUCCGGGCUGCUCUUUGAAACCCAGCUGAAAACGCUUGCUCAGUUCCCCACCACUUUACUGGGGGAUCCGAGGAAGAGAAUGCGCUUCUUCGACCCUCUGAGGAACGAGUACUUCUUCGACAGGAACCGACCCAGCUUCGACGCCAUCCUCUACUUUUACCAGUCUGGCGGCCGCCUCAGGAGACCCGUCAACGUACCCCUGGACAUAUUUAUGGAGGAGAUCAAAUUUUCAAUGGGAGAAGAUGUGAUCGAGAAUUUUAAGGAGGAUGAGGGAUUUAUAAAAGAAGAGGAGAGACCGUUGCCAGAAAAUGAGUUUCAACGACAGGUCUGGUUGCUGUUCGAAUACCCCGAGAGUUCGGGACCCGCCAGAGGGAUUGCUAUUGUCUCUGUUCUGGUGAUUUUAAUUUCUAUUGUCAUCUUCUGUUUGGAGACGCUGCCUGAGUUUAGGGAUGAAAAGGAGAAACAUUGGGACAAUGAGCUGGCGUUGAAUGGAACUAACAGCUCUAGAAAGCCCAAUCCAUUCACAGAUCCUUUCUUCAUAGUGGAAACUUUGUGUAUCAUCUGGUUCUCCUUCGAGUUGUUUGUCAGGUUCCUAGCCUGCCCCUCCAAGCCUGCUUUUUUCAAAAACAUGAUGAACACCAUCGACAUUGUGGCCAUCAUGCCCUAUUUCAUCACCCUGGGCUUGGAGCUGGCGGAGCACCAAGGAAACGGACAGCAAGCCAUGUCUCUGGCCAUCCUCAGGGUCAUCCGGCUGGUCAGGGUGUUUAGGAUCUUCAAGCUGUCCAGACACUCCAAGGGGCUUCAGAUAUUAGGACAAACCCUCAAAGCCAGUAUGAGAGAGUUGGGGCUGCUCAUUUUCUUCCUCUUCAUCGGAGUCAUCCUCUUCUCCAGCGCUGUCUAUUUCGCCGAAACCGACGAUCCAGACUCCAGUUUCAGCUCGAUCCCCGACGCGUUCUGGUGGGCUGUGGUCUCCAUGACUACCGUUGGCUACGGGGACAUGUGCCCGGUGACCAUCGGCGGAAAGAUCGUGGGCUCUCUGUGCGCCAUCGCCGGUGUGCUCACCAUCGCGUUACCGGUCCCGGUCAUCGUGUCCAACUUCAACUACUUCUAUCACCGGGAGACCGAGCACGAGGAGCAGUUUCAAUACACCCACGUGACGUGUGGCCAGCAGCAGCAACCGUCUUUUGGUGAAUUAAAGAACAGUGACAGCCAACCAUCAUCGCUUUCCAAAUCGGACUUAAUAGCCACGGAGGACGCUGAUUCUAUCAAAUAUACCAAUUGCAGCCCACACAAAGCGCACUGCAGCCCACACAAAGCGUACACGGGGAAACUCACUAAUGUAUGAUAAAGAGCAAACAGAAAAUACCCAGCAAUGGAAAAAACAGGCAUAGCCUUGAAGAUAUUCAGAGAAACCAUGCGUUUCUUUCUGUGAGUAGCAUACAUCUCCAAUUCUGCGCUCUGGCUAGAGUAAGGUUUGGCUCUCUCUUAUUUCCGGCGUCUCUUAAAUGCUGAAGGAAUUCUUUUUAAUAGAUUAUCAGUGGAUGAAUUAAAACGUGACUCGUGAUCUCACCUGAAAACAGUCUUCCGUUAUGCGCACAGCUCUUCUUCGCUUGUUGGUUGUAAACAUCAUUAUGAGGCUAUAUUUAGCCUCAUAAACAAAUAAACAACAACCAUGAUCACCCCCCCCCCUCCCUCUCUCUAUUGUAGAGCUUUACUCAUGAUCUCUAAUUAACGUCUCAUUUAUUCAGCCUAAUUUCGUGUCUGUAUUUUUUUUCUUCCGUUUUCUAAAAGUUUACAUAUUGAUCUGCCUGUUUGGUGUUGAUAUAUCAUAUAAUAGGACCAGUUUGUCUAAAAUUACUUGAAUGAAUCUUAUACCUACAGGGCAUUGUAAUGACUUAAAAACCCCAAGGUCACCCAGUGACUCUACCCACAAACCCCCAAGGUCACCCAGUGACUCUACCCACAAACCCCCUAGUUAUGUACACCAUAUCCAAGUAGUGCGUUUUUCCAUUAGACCGUUAUUGAGAGCGUGUUACUGGGCAGCGCUGCCUGGCAGCAGACCCUCUAUCCUCUCUGUCAACUGUGAUGAGGAAUGGGCAUAACAGAGGUCUAUCCAUCCACGCAGAGAUGCCGUUGUCUUUGAUAGCGGAACCACAGUAGUCUGAAUGGUGUGUGUCCGGUCUGGGAGCUGCACAUCCAUUCACACCUUGACAAGCCAUUGAGGAUACUAGACAUUACGCACAGCCCAAUUGCCCUCUAAAACGACCACAGGCACUAUUCAAAUGAUGUAUAUGUACGGAUCAAUAACGAACAGCAUCGAAUCUGAAUCGAAUGAAUCAAUAUGAUGCUAUUGACAUUGUUUACAACAUUUCGUUUUUUUUUUAUUAUUUUUUUAUUAUACAAUCUCACCAAAACUAUAUAAGUAGGUUCAUUUAGCGAAUAGUGCACUAGAAGAAAAGAAAAACAUUCAAUAAUAUCAAGUCUCUCAGAUGAUUCUUCUUCUUGAGAUAUUACAGAUGCAUGAAUGAAUGCGUUUAACAACUUGACAAGGGGAGGGGGGUGGGGGGGAUGAGAAGCGCACCUUGUUGUGUUCAGACAGGCGGGCAGAUGGACCCAGAGCGCCGCUUUGUGGAGAGUUUGGGAACUGCAGACGUGGUGUGGAAGCCGGUUAGUUUCUAUAGCAACCUUCCAGACUGUUCUGACAGGGGAAAGAUGUUAUUGUCUGACGUCAAACAGAACAGAGGAAUGGAAGGAUUUGACUGACGACCUGAUUGAAGGUGUUUUCAUUGUACCUACUCUUGUUGAAUGUUGCUACACAGCGCCCGACUUGAGUUACGUAGAAAUAUGAUUCAAUAAUAACCAAGAUGAUUUUGGCAGCUAUGUCCAUGUCCUGGGAUGAAUGGUUAUAUGUGGUGUAGUGUAGACAGGCAGAGACAGACCGAGACAGACAGAGACCUAUGCUGCAGGCAGAAAUGUAUCAGAAUCAAUAGAAACCCAUAUUGUCAUCGGUAAAAACCCUCCCCUGACUCCGAGGCCACAGCUUUACUGGCCACUUAAAUCCACAGCGUCAUUAUAUCAAGUCACCUUGCGUUCCAGGCCGACGACAUUGUCUUCUGAUGUCGUAUGACAUCACCAUAUCACUUCGCUACAGUGGAUUACUACCAGACCACACUGCCCCCCUCCAACCCCCUCCAACCCCCACCAUGCCGUGGUGCAUCUCAGCUAAAAGAGGUGGAACCAAAGAACCUUUGGAAUAGAUUCUGACAGACGUCACUGUGUCAUGAGCGUACGGAUGACUGACUCAGAGCCCCCCAUUGGGUGGAUUUACCAGGGGAGAGGGCGGGGACCUGCUGCAGAUGACAGAUGCAGAAGCCAAUCAGGUUGGAAUCAAUAGCAAAGAAACGACAUAGACCAACAGACCCUCGGACGAUGCAACAGGACGGCCAACUGCUCAGACGCCCGGGCUACAACGUCUCCUGCAGUUAUGACGUAGGAAGAUGACCACUGCAGGAGAGACAGUCACGUGGAGGUUGGUGGAAGAUGAGCCGUCCUCCUGCUGUAUGACAGCUUCCUACAACACCCCGCGGUUUCCCACGACCCCUGAAGACCUCCUCCACAAGCCACGGGAGGAAAACACCGUCGCUGUCUUUUACCUCUGAGACGAGGAACGGAUGAAAUACACCAUGGAUACGAUGAGGAAACCCUGACUCACUGGAGGACAGGGCUCUGACAUGCCUUUCCAUUAGGGACAACAUCACCUGACAGGAUAUAGAAUACACCUGGACAACAUCACUGACAGGAUAUAGAAUACACCUGGACAACAUCACUGACAGGAUAUAGAAUACACCUGGACAACAUCACUGACAGGAUAUAGAAUACACCUGGACAACAUCACUGACAGGAUAUAGAAUACACCACCUGGACAACAUCACUGACAGGAUAUAGAAUACACCUGGACAACAUCACUGACAGGAUAUAGAAUAGACCACCUGGACAACAUCACUGACAGGAUAUAGAAUAGACCACCUGGACAACAUCACUGACAGGAUAUAGAAUACACCUGGACAACAUCACUGACAGGAUAUAGAAUACACCACCUGGACAACAUCACUGACAGGAUAUAGAAUACACCACCUGGACAACAUCACUGACAGGAUAUAGAAUAGACCACCUGGACAACAUCACUGACAGGAUAUAGAAUACACCUGGACAACAUCACUGACAGGAUAUAGAAUACACCUGGACAACAUCACUGACAGGUCUAGAACACACCACAUGGACAAUGUGUCUGACACCGAUUUAACUGUGUGGACAACAUUACUGACAUAGAUUCAAACCAGGUGGACAUCAAUCUGUCUGAUAUGGACAGGAGACAUCCUCACUGAUCUGAUGACCUGCAGAGAGGAGAGGAGACAAACAGACAGAGAUUUAAACCAGGUGGACAACAAUCUGUCUGAUAUGGACAGGAGCAGCAGCACUGCUCUGAUGACCUGCAGAGAGGAGAGGAGACAAACAGACAGAGGUACAGAAGACGUUACUUGAAUCACCUUCCACAACACAUGAAUAAUGACAUUUGUAAACCCAGUGAUCGUGGUGUCCUUUGUUAAAUGUAUGUCAACAUGACCCCCAGGACAACACACUCCUUCUAAGGCUGAGAAACAGGUGUGGGAAAAUGUAUGUCAACAUGACCCCCGGGACAACACACUCCUUCUAAGGCUGAGAAACAGGUGUGGGAUAAUGUAUGUCAACAUGACCCCCGGGACAACACACUCCUUCUAAGGCUGAGAAACAGGUGUGGGAAAAUGUAUGUCAACAUGACCCCCGGGACAACACACUCCUUCUAAGUCUGAGAAACAGGUGUGGGAAAAUGUAUGACAGAUAAUGAUGACUAUACGAGGGGGGGGGGGGGGGGGGGGUUCUAUCUGUUUGUAGACAUUGAAUAAUGUAAUGUAUAGAUAUGACAUCAAUAAGACGAGGUUCUGUAUGUAAACAUCGAAUCAUAUCAUGUUCUAUACUAAAACAUAUUCUUGACAACAUGUACAGCGUGUAAACCAGAAAUAAAGACAGACCGUAGUUUUAAUUCUGUGUCAACAAACUGUUCUAAAAAUAGCUAUCUGUUCUUCUCGGCUCUGUUGAGACUCGUGGAGUUAUUGGAUUGUUAAAUCUCUAUUUUUGUAAGGCAUGAUAUAUAUAUGUAUUUAUGAAAAGGGUUUAAACUGGAGAUUUUAUUUAAUAGAUUUAUAACAUUCAAUUAUGUUUUUUUGUAAACAUUUUUUUUAUGUUGAUAAAAAUGUUUUGCCUUGAUGAGAACAUGGCAGGCAGGUAGAGGGUGACGAAAACAAAAUGGCUUCCUUUCAAAACAACCAUGUUCCGUGUUCACGUGUUAAUCGGAACUUGGAAUUUUCCGACCUGCUGACCGGUUGUGGUUAUUAAACACGCGUUCAACCAGUUAGAAAGUCUGAAUUUCCUAGUUUCUGACUAGCAAGUGAACACGACAUUAAACAUCCCAUUUUCCGGCGCAGGUAUAUGACGUCAUCAGUAUGAAUCUGCUGCAGGUGUUUUGACGAAUGUUCAUAUGUUUAUUUUUAAUUUUUUUUAUCAUUUAAAUGAUUGAUUGAUUGAUUGUUUUUGAUCAGAAUGCUGUAUCACUGUUAAUUGAUCACUGUUAAUUGAUUGAAGGCAUCUACCUCAGUGUCCGCGUCACGUUUAGUUUUAAACAGCAGC